AUGGCUCAGCAGGCCCCACAAGGUGUUCGUCCGAACGUUCCGGACCCGGAGACCACCGACACGUCCAUGGAGCCAAAUGAGUCAGUCACUGCAGCGCGCGCAAAAGGGCUCCGCUUCUGGGCCAUCGUCGCGGCCUUGGCAGCCAGCAAGCUGAUGUUGGCACUCGAGAUCACUAUUGUGUCUACCGCCCUGCCGACUAUUGUUCAGACGCUGGGCAUUGGGUCGAGCUAUGUGUGGGUUUCCAACGGGUCUGCGCUGGCUAGCGCAGCAAUAGCCCCGCCUUUAGGCCAGCUAUCCGACCUCUUCGGCCGCCGCUAUCCCACCUGCCUUUCUGUGCUUCUCUUCGUCGUCGGCGGGAUAAUCUCUGGCGCGGCAACCUCCGGUCUGCAGCUCAUUGCCGGACGGGUGGUCCAAGGCCUCGGAGCGGGCGGCAUCAACGUCAUGUCAGCCGUUGUCGUCUCCGACCUCGUCUCAGUCCGGCACCGAGGUAAGUACAUGGCUAUCAUGCUGGCUGCAUACCUUUUGGGCGCUACCAGUGGUCCGCUGCUGGGGGGCGUACUGGUCCAGUCCGGCGCUUGGAGGUGGGUGUUUUGGCUGCCCGUGCCGUUUGGGGCGGCGAGCCUUUUGGUCUUGGCUGUCUGUUUGAAAGGCGGGACCAGGAAGGCAAACCAAAGCCGUCGCGAGCGUCUCCGGCGCGUGGAUUACGGCGGCAACGUGUUGCUGACGGCCGCGACGGGCGCUACGUUGUACGCCAUCACGUACGCCGGGUCCAAAUACCCCUGGUAUGACGCCCGUAUCGUCGCCUCGCUGACCGCCGGUACGCUUGGACUGGGCGUGUUCUUGCUCCUGGAGCAAUACCUCGCGCGCAGCAAUACCGUCGAGCCGGUCAUCCCGCUCCGCCUGCUUACACACCGGGUGGGCGCUACCGUGGCGGCCGGGGCGUUCACCAGCAGCCUCCUCAGCAACUGGGUCAACUUUUUGUUGCCAUUGUACUUCCAAGGCGUGCGCAUGUCGACGCCCUCACGGGCCGGCGUGCAGCUGCUUCCCAUCGUUGCUGUCGCCGUCCCCGCGAGCAUCAUCUCCGUCGUCUUGGUUAGUAAGCUCGGGCGGUACAAGAUGCUGCAUGUUUCUGGGUUUGUGGGGAUGUGCACCGCGUGCGGGCUGUUUAGUGUUUUGGACGAGGCGUCGGGAGAUGCGGAGUGGAUUUUAAUGGAGGUGCUGUUUUCGGUCGGACUGGGCAUGGUGAUUAACACAUUGUUGCCGGCGUUUCAAGGUGCAGUGGGGGAAAGCGACCAGGCGGUUGCUACGAGUACGUUCACGUUUGUGCAGAGCCUGGCUAACAUGUGGAGUGUGACGAUCCCGGCCGCGGUAUUCAACAAUAGGUUGGAGGCGCUUGCGGAUAGGAUAUCGGAUGAGCGGGUCAGGGACCAGUUGGGCGGCGGACGGGCGUAUGGGUUUGCGACCCGGGCGUUUUUGGAGAGUGUGCAGGGUACUACGAGGGAUGAGGUGGUGGGAGUAUUUGGAGAGGCUAUCAAGGGCGUUUGGUAUGUUGCGGCUGGCAUCGCGGGUGUUGGCGUCUUGUUGGCGUGUGCCGAGGGGGAGGUCGUCUUGCGGGAGGAGUUGGAGACUGACUUUGGGCUGGAGAAAGAUGCUACGGUUGAAGUCGGUGACAAAACUUCCAAUUAG